GGAAAAUGACCAUUAAAUACUUUUUGUACAUUUCCAAAGCUCUACACGUAGUCCCAAUGAUGAUGCCCGCCAAAGUCUGGGAACCAAGGAGGUUUAACCUGAAAAGAAGCCCUGAGGAAGUGAUAAGCCUAGUUUUCAACAAUUAAGACAAUCCUCCCAGCAACCUCCAGUCAUCUAAAGCACAGGACUCAUCACAUUAUUCCCAUUUAAAGGACAUCCAUAAAUCCUACACCUUAAGAAAGACCCAACCCUGAAUCUUCACCCUGCCUGGACCACCUCUCAACCAGAUCUCCUCCCUAAUUCUUCCCACUAUCUAUCGCUCUCUGCUUUCUACUGUCCCUCUAAGACAAGUUUUCUUUCCUGCCCAGCCCUUUUUCAUGCUUUCUCUUAUUUCAACUUUACUUAAUUUUUUAGCUUCAGAUUCCACCUCAAUUAUCUAUUCCUUAAGAAGCCUUCCCUAACAGCCCUCCCUCAGCUUAGGUCCCAAUACCAUCAACAUAGGGAAGAACCUGCGCUUUGGAGCCAGGCUUAAAUCAUAGCUCUGCCAUCAGCAAUGUGGCCAUGGCAAAGUUACACACACACCCUGUGCCUCAAUUUCCUCAAAUGUAAAGUGAGAUAACAAGUAUCUACCCAAGGGAUGAUGAUUACAUGAGUCAAUAUAGAAAGGUCUUGGAAUAACUGGCACAUAGUGAGUUCUAUAUAAAUGUUAGCUACUACUUCUGCUACCAUAAUUGUUGUUGUUAGAUCCACUCAUAGCAAUCUGUACUUCUCCUAUGUAGUAUAUUUCACAACUAUAACAGUGUAAUGUCUGAUUUCUCUGCUAAACUAAAAGUUCCAUGAGGAUAAAGACUGUUUCCUCUGCUCAUCUCAGUAUUUCCAAGUCUUGCAUAUUGCCUGGAAAAUUACAGGUACUGAAUAAAUAUUUGCUGAAUAAAUGGAAGGCAAAUCAAUCCCUAUCUACGAUGCCCCAGUGGACAGGAAACUGUAGAAAUGGUACAAUUCUACUUUUCAUUUAAAAAACUUCUGAAUGGGGCGGUGCCUGUGGCUCAAGGGGUAGGGCGCCGGUCCCAUAUGCCGUUGGUGGCGGGUUCAAACCCAGCCCCGGCCAAAAAAAAAAAAAAAAACUUCUGAAUGGGCUGCUUUGUGAUAAAGUCAACUGUCUACCACUCAACUAAUAGCAAUAACAAGAAAUCACAAGGCUAAAUUCUUUGCCUUUAGUGUUAAAUUAAGCCUGAGAUAGAGUUCUUUAAGAAAGGCAUUCUUCUAUCCAUUUUACAAAAAGAAAACUGAGGAACACAGCAGCUUGCACAUAGCAAAUAGUGGACUCAAACCCAGGUCUAAUAGUGUUCACACUCCACUUUUUUUUAAACAAUUCUUGCAAAAGAAAUACCUACAUUAAGAGUGCAACUCUGUGGCAGGCGCCUGUAGUCCCAGCUACUUGGGAGGCUGAGACAAGAGAAUCACCUAAGCCCAAGAGCAGGAGUUUGCUGUGAGCUGUGACGCCACAGCACUCUACCAAGGGCAAUAAAGUGAGACUCUGACUCUUAAAAAAUAUAUAUAUAUAUUACAACUCAGGGAGGAUAGGUGGAAGGAGAGUAAUUGCACACCUACGGUGCCUCUUACAAGGGUACAUGUGAAAUUUACUAGGUGUAGAAUAUAAAUGUCUUAACACAAUAACUAUAUUAACCAGUUUGAUGAAAACAUUUCAAAUUGUAUAUAAAACCAGCACAUUGUACCCCAUGAUUACAUUAAAGUACACAGCUAUGAUUUAAUAAAAAAAAAAAAAGUGUAACUCAGAAAAUCCUUCUUCUAUGAUCUUAGCUAAUUUAAGACCCACAUGCACUAGCCUAAGAAUGUCAAAGUUCUUUAAAAAGAUAGAAAAACACUAUAAUGUGCAAUACUCAGGAGCUAUAUGUUGAAUGAUAUCUGGGCCAAGCACUAUUUUAAGUGUUAAAAUUACAAUAGGAAAUGGAACAAAAACCGCCACUCUCACAGAGUUUGUAUUCUAGUGGGGGAAAAAAGACAUUACACAAAACAAUUAAAUAUUACUUAUUGCAUUAAAAGCUAAAAAGUGCUAUGGAGAAAAACCAAGUACAAAAAGGAUAUCUGGGAAGGGCUGGUUUUAAAUAUGGUAGUCUAUAAAGGCCUAAGCAAUAAAUAAAAAUAUUGAGUAUAGACCUGAAGAAGGAGAAAGUCAUGGUGAUAUCUGGGGGAAAACUAUGCCAAGAGGAAAAAAGCAAUUACAAAGACUCUGAAUCAGGAGUAUGUAUAGAUGGUGCUUUUUGAGGUCAGCAAGGACAGUAUGACUACAGUGGCUUACACAGCAGUGAGAAGUGAGAAAUGAGGGCGACAGAGGGCACUGAGGCCCUAUCUAGAGGACCUUGUAUGUCCCUGUAAGGACUUUGGCUUUUACUGAGAUGGGAACCACUAGAAAGUUCAGAGCAGUGAUUUGACUUCCAUUUAAAUAGGAUCAUAGUGUGGAGCAGAGACAAUACUAUGCUGAGAAUAGACUAUGGAGCAGCAAGGACAGAAAGAGGGAUACCUUGGCUCAGCGCUGGCCACGUGCACCAAGGUUGGCAGGUUCCAACCCGGCCCGGGCCAGCUAAACAACAAUGACAACUGCAACAAAAAAUAGCCAGGUGUCUUGGCAGGUGCCUGUAGUCCCAGCUACUUGGGAGGCUGAGGCAAAAGAAUUGCUUAAGUCCAAGAGUUUGAGGUUGCUGUGAGCUGUGAUGCCAUAGCAUUCUAAUGGGGGCAACAUAAUGAGACUGUCUCAAAAAAAAAAAAAAGAGAAAGGGAUACCAGUUAGGAUACCACAACCAUAAAAAGAUGAUAGUGCUCUCAGCCAGGACAACAGGGGUAGACCUGGUGAGAUGUAAUCACAGUUAGCCUGGCUCUAAUUCAAAGUUAAAGCCUAUCAGAAUUGCUAAUGGGUAGAAGAGGAACCAACAUACUAAUGCUGAAUCCUCAAUGCUUUGUGUACCUGUACUUAAAUAUGUUAGGAGCUAGUGAAUGACUAUAACUAGCAUUUUCCCAGCUAGACUGUAAAUUCCCCCAACAGCAUCUGUGACCGAAUCCUAACCUUCCCACCUCACAUUAAUGACUGAAAUAAUUUUCCUGACUAAAAUUUGAGCGCUUAACAUAGGGUUAGGUAUGCCCAAAGUAUGCUAAGUACUGUGGAUGCACCUAUUAAAUCCUCAUAAUAUACAAGUGAGGUGGCUAUUUUUUUGUUUUGCAGACCAAGAAAUAGUGGCUCAGAGGUAGUUAACUGCCCUAUGACACAUAACUGAGAACCAAAUUGCAGGUAGAUUGAAUCCAAAGUCCGUUUUUAAACACUUUACUAUCCUCAAUUCUCAAAUAGUGAAGCAGUGAGUCAUUGUGCCACCUUGGUCAAGUUGUUUCCCUUGUCUGGGAUUCCAACUCUUUUUUUAUUUCCUUGCUUAUUUCUUAUUUUUAUUUCUUUGCUUUUUAUUGUUGUUGUUGAGACAGAGUCCCAGCCUAUGCCCUGAGCAGAGUGCAAUGGUGUCGUAGCUCACUGCAACCUCAGUGGGCAUCCUGCUGCCUCAGCCUCUGGAAGCGGCUGGGAUUACAGGUGAGUGCCUGUGGCUGGGAUUACAGGCACUCACUGAAGUGCCCAGCUGAGUUUUUCAUUUUUUUAGGAGUUGGGGUCUCACUCUCCCUCAGGCAAGUCUCAAACUCCUGAGCUCAAGCAAUUCUCCCUCCUCAGCCUCCCACAGUGCUGGGAUUACAGGUGUGAGGUUUUUUUUUUUUUUUAGACGGAGUCUCUUUGCCCAGGCUACAGUGCCCUGGCUUCAGCCUAGCUCACAGCAGCCUCAAACUCCUGGGAUCAAGUGAUCCUUCUGCCUCAGCCUCCCCAAAAGCUGGGACUACAGAGGCGCACCUGAGCCCAAACAAUCCUCCUGCCUUGGGCUCCCAAGAGUGCUAGGAUUAUAGGUGUGAGCCACCAGGUUCAGGCUGAGAUUCCAACUUCUCAUCUGCUGUCAAAUGGAAAUAACAAGAGUACACCUUUUCCAAGUUAUAAUGAGACUACUAGUGAAAUUUCAUCCUGCAGCGUCCAGUCAACAACCACCAAUGCAAUUAACUUUAAUGAAUGUUUACUUAGUGCAAGGCACUGUUCUGUGAUUAUCUUACUUACUAAAGCAACUCUAUGAGGCAGAUAGCUUGACUUAUUUUAAACAUGAGGAACCGAGGUGCAGAAGGUUUAAGUAACUCGGGCUGGGUCACGUAAUGAAUACGUGGCAGACUGCAAGUUUGCACUCAGAGUCCAACUUCAGAACUUUUAUGUUCUUUCUCAAAGAGAGAUGAGUUAUUUUCUUGUCCCUUUCACUGAGAAGAAAACUACGGCCCAAGCUAGAAACAUUUGCCUAAGCUCAUAGGGAGUUAAGGGACGGUGCGGGAAUCAGAGCUUAGGGCGCCUAGCCUAAAAGCCCGCGCGAGUCAAAUGAAUGAGCGAUGCGAGGCCUAGGGCUCAGAGCGGCCGCGGUUCCCCUAAGCUGGCCCUCGGAAGGACCCGUACCCCGCACUGCGCACACACACACACACACACCCCACCCUCAGUGCUCGCGGGCACUCCGACCAGCUCGCAGCCCCCCGUCAGACCCUCGAUCCCCAGAGAGACUGAGCCCAUGCCCCUGCCCCGCAGGGAAAGGGGACCCCGCCUGGCCGGCUCCCGAGUGGCGGCCACCAGUGUCCCGCGAGCAACGGCCCGCUCCCCAAGGCGUGCGGGCCGCUGGGCCCCGCCGUUGAGCCAUGCGCAACGCCUCACCCGGCGGCGCCAUUCCUCCGAGCAGGUCCCACCGGAGUACGAUCCACCGGCUGACUUCCGCUCCGGAAAGUGGCUCCAAGAGCGUGCAGGAGGGGACGCCAGGGACUCGCGGCAAGCUCUGCGAGCCGGCAUGAGCUCUAGGCAGAGGAUAUGCAGUCAAGAAGAAGUAGUGAUCCCAUAUGCUUCUGACAAUGAUUCAGGAAGUGUGGAUUUGCAGCUGAGCAACUUAGAGGAUAUUAAAAAAGACCCAAGUAACGUUGAACUUACAGAUGCAGACCUCUCUGACAUCCCUACACUCCCUCAGGAGUCCCUCUCAUGUAGCUUGGAAUCCCUGACCCAGGAGGAGCCCCCCGAAGAGGCCAGCACUGAGAGGCUGAUCCAGUCCAUCCAGGAGGUUUUUAAUGGUGAGCUAAAGGGUGAACUUGAAAAGCUGACAUUCCUAAGAUCUUUGUCAUCUCUCAGCCGAACUUUAUCUUACGAUGAAACCACAGAAUCAUUCAUUUACAGCCACAUAACAAACAUAGUGCAUAUCCUAAAUGUACUGAUGCAGGAGGAGCCCCCAGAUUCUCUAUUAAGCCCUGUGCGCCAGGAGGUCUUUGUCACCAUUGCUGAUCUCAGUUACCAAGAUGUCCAUCUGCUGUUUGGCUCUGAAGAUCGAACUGAGUUGUUCAGUCUUAUCACCAAAAGUGUAAUCACUCUGCCUUCUCUAAGGAAUCUUCUCCAGCCACAGGAAGUCAGGCCAAGUGAGCCUUACAGCUCAGAGUGUCUCUACAGGCAGACAUUCCAGGCAUUCUCCGAGAUGCUCCAGAGUUUGGUGGUAAAAGACCCACAUUUGGAAAAUCUUGACACCAUUUGUAAGCACAUGGACCCCUGGUUACACUCAGUCAAAGACCAUGAGCGGGAACGGGCCACAGCCAGCAUGGCUCAAGUUCUGAAGUGCUUAUCCAGACAUCUCAGCCUGAAGCCUCCGCUGAGAUUCCAAAGACUUGGACAUCUAGUGGCUCUGAUGGCACUACUGUGUGGGGACCCACUGAAAGAGGUGGCUGAGGAGGCUGCAGAGGGCACGCACUCCCUGCUGCAUAUCACCAUGAGGCUAAAGUAUACUACUCGUAACAAGAAAAAUCACCAAAGCUUGAGAAGAGCGUUGAAAAGAUGUCGAGAAUUCCUAGAUCUCUAUGACAUUAAACAGUUCUACAGUUGUCCCUUCAAAAUUGCCCAGGUCUUUGAAGUUUUUCUCAGUUCAAAUGAGCUCUGCCAGUUUGUAAUGACUACAUUGGAUGGCCUGAAAAACCUGAAACAUCCCUGCACCCAGCAGUCAGCAGGAGAAUUGCUGAUAACAUUGGUGAAAAAUGCAGAGUCCCGAUUUGAGAAGGUGCCAGAAAUUAUGGGAGUUAUCUGUGCCCAGCUAUCUGUAAUCAGCCAGCCUAGCCUCCGUGAACAAAUCAUAACUACUGUGAGUUUGUUUAUAUCCAGGCCCAAGUACACAGAUACAGUGCUCAACCACCUUCUGUGUCAUCCAAUACCGUAUGACAGGCAUCUGGCUGAGUUGUGGAGAACCCUGGAGGUAGAGCUGCCCAGAACGACCUGGAUUCUCUGGAGGCUCCUGAGAAAGCUGCAGAAGUGCCAUAAUGUGCCCACCGAGGAGAAGAUGGCCUACAUGGCUGUGGCUGCAACAGACGCCCUUUAUGAGGUGUUUGUGGGAAACCGGUUCCGGGCAGCUACGUUCCGACUCUUUCCUCAGCUUCUCAUGACACUCCUCAUCCAGAUUCACCACAGCAUCGGCCUUACCAUGUCCGACGUUGCCAUCCCAAGCGGCCUGUACAGAGAACAGGAAAUGUCUUCAGAGGUCACCCCUUUGCGCUUUGCCAUGCAGGCUAUAAAGACUCUCCUCCUCAGAACAUUGUGCUGGCAGGAAUUCAGCAUCAUGGAAAAGCAUAAAGGAUGGACUCUUCUGGAAGGAAAAGAUUGCCAUCUUCAGGGGGUAUUUCUCCUUGCCAAUGCUUUGCUGGAAAGAAAUCAUCUCCUUGCACAUAAGGUCAUGUACUUGUUAGUCCCUCUUCUUAACCGAGGGAAUGAUGAACAUAAACUCACAUCUGCAGGCUUUUUUGUAGAGCUUCUCCAGAGUCCACUGGCUAGAAGACUACCUAGUAUAUACUCCAUUGCCCGCUUGAUAGAAUGGCUACAUCAUGGAAAUUAUCUUUUUAGGAUUCUUGCCCUCAGAGGACUGCGCAAUCUUGCCAGACACCAGGAGAUGAGGGAAGACAUCAAGAGCCUGUUGCCAUGCCUCUUAGACAGCUUAUGUGAACCCGAGGAAGACAUUGUCUUGUUGGCCAUGCAGAUACUCCUGCUGCUUGUUGGGACCAUGGAUUUCACUACCCUGGCUGCCAUGAUGAGGACCCUGUUCUCCUUAUUUGGUGAUGCAAGACCUGAUGUCGGUCAUUUCGCCAUGGUUCUCUUUGGAGCUUGCAUAAAGUCUGUGAAAUACUCAGAUAAGAAGAAUGUAGAGAACCAAGUUCUGGACAGCUUGGUCCCACUACUUCUGUAUUCUCAGGACGAAAAUGUUACCGUCGCUGAGGAGAGCAAGCGAGUCCUAACUGUAUGUGCCCAGUUCCUGAAGUGGAAGCUGCCCCGGGAAGUGUACUGCAAAGAUCCCUGGUACAUCAAACCUAUUGAAGCUGAAACAAUCUGCAGAUUCUUUGGAAAAAAAUGCAAGGGGAAAAUUAAUAUCCUAGCCCAAACAUUGAUGUACUCCAAGAAUACAAAACUUCCCAUCCGAAGAUCAGCAGUCUUGUUUGUAGGGCUCUUAUCAAAGUACAUGGAUCACAAUGAACUCAUGAUGAAGGGUACUGACUGGAUAGAAGAUGAUCUGACAGGUCUUCUGCAGGACCCUGAGCCCUCUCUGCGUGUCAUCGCCUCCCAGGCUCUGUUCCAAGUCCAGAAGGUGAAGGCUGAGCCAGAACCUGAGCAGAGGGUUUCCUGGUUGAGGAAGCUUGUGGGCUGUCUCCCUACCUAGAAGUGCAAGGCAAGCAAGUCAGGUGGGGAAGAUGUGGAACCAAAUAUGAAAGUGACUUGCCCAAGGUUGCACAACUAGUAAAUAACAAGGCCAGGACUCAGACCCAAAUAGUCUGGCUCUGAAGCCCACAUCCUUGACUCAUCUGCUCUGCUAUUCUCCAAUCUGCUCUUUCUGCAAUUGUGAAUAAACACAGAUCUACUCUACAAUUAAUCUUAGUCGCUGAACUCAAGCUUCAAACUCAUGUAAUAAAAAUGUUAUAAAGAGAUACUCAAAUAA